AUGGAUCAAAUCGCCCACAAACCGUUUGAAAAUGUGUCCUUCAGCGUGCCCGAGGUGCUGUCGCGCAUUCGCAAACACCAAGACGAAGUGCGCGACAUUGUGAGCGCCCAGAACGCGGAAUUCAUGCCAAACGCCAACGACUACCGGAUGCUGCUGGAGAGCGCCAAACUGCUGGAGGCGGAUAUCAAAGAGCUGGUCACAACGAGCAGCCAGCUGAGCGUCGAAAAGUCGAGCGCGGCCUGGAGCGAUCUGUGCCAGUAUCAGCGUGAUCUGGAGGAAGGCGUCCGCGGGUACAAGAUUGCCAAGAAGCUGCUCUCGAUUCACGAUCUGUUCGAUGGGCUGAGUCUCACGGGGAAUGCGUACGAAAAGCGUGCCCACAUGCUGGGCAAGAUCAAGACGCUGCUGGAUGAGAUCGAAGAUCCGGUCCUGCCCGAUCUGCACUGCUACCAGAACUUGAUACUGCGGCACGAAAUCGAGUACGCUACGCUCGUCGACGAUCUGAACGGCAACUUUGACAGCCUGGUGACGAUGCAGAAGCGCACCUUCCAGAACACCAAAUCGGUAACGAUCCGCAUCUGCAAGGACGAGACCGAGCUGUAUCAGGUGGUGGUGGCGCUGCUGAAAACGCAGCACAAUUUUCGAUCCGUGUGCCGGUUCCUGCUGGAGGAGGUUUUUGCGCCCGUCAUCGUAAAACCCGUGUCGUUGAUCUGUGACGAAAAGUCGGACGAACAGCACGUUCUGAUCCAGCUGUCGUAUCAGCUGGCGGUGGCGGAAGAGUUGCGUCCCGGCUACAAGACGGUGCUGUCGAAUGUAACGCAAAUUUUCUAUAACCUCAGCAACAUGAACAUCGUAGUCUCGGACGACGAGUGCCUGUUCAAGGUGUUUGCCCGGCAAAUGAAGAAGGAACUGUGCGACUUGCUGAUCGAUCAGUGCCUGGAACGGGACAUACCGGGUACGAUCGAGGGCAUGAAAGAAUCGCCGAUGGUUCGUGAUGUGUGCGAGUUUAAUGAGUUUCUGAAAACGAUCAACUUUACCGACGGACAAAACGACAACCGGCUGGACGAGUAUGCUAGUUCGAUCGAAUCGAUACACCACAAAAAGCUGUGCGAAAACGUGCUCGACUCGGCGGUGGAGAUGAUGAAGCGCGAGAGCCACGAAAUGGUCGUCAUUGAGGAGCACGAGUAUCAAUUCGCCGGCACGACCGAUCACUUCUCGAGCUGCAUGGUAACCCGGACGGUGGUGGAUUUGAAAAAGUUCCUGGACAAGGUGCUCGCCGAGGCGGAUGCGCAGGGCGAAACAUCGGAUCGGUUGAUUCAAACUAUCGCCACCAUCCUCGAGCGGUACACGGUCGAUUUGCCGAUGGCGAACGAGAAAUUGCUCUUCAAAAUCCCACAACAGUCGGCUCUGUUCCGCAACGAUUGCACCUAUCUGAACUAUUGGUUGCAGAAAAACGACAGCAAACUAAAGGAGCAUUGCUCGUUCGCGAGCAUUUCGGAGGCACUGGAAGCGUGUGGCGAGGACAUCUUCCAGCAUCAGCUCAACAACCAGCGCACACAAACCAUGCAAGCUUUGAAUGGAUUUGAACUGUCCAACAAUCUGGUGGAACUAGAACCGGAACAUCAGCGAGCCGUUCGGCAGUGUAUCCGUCAGUUCGAGCUGCUGAAGAACGUGUGGCAAACGGUACUUCCCGAUCCGGUGUACAAGCAGAGCAUUUCCGGCCUGCUGGAUCUGUUUCUCCGUGAGGUCAUCAAAAGAAUUCAGAACCUCGAAGACAUAACUACCGCCAUCGGCAACGGACUGGUGCUGCUCAUUGACAUUGUGAAGGAAACGUUACCGAAACUGUUCAAGGAAACCAGCGAUGUGCAUCAGUUGGUGAAGCAGUGGCCAAAAUUGCUCCAGUUGCGACAAAUUCUGUGCGGCUCGCUGGUAGAAAUCACUGAACUGUGGGCCGAAGGAAAGGGCCCCCUGACCAUGUGCUUCAGUGCCGAGGAAGUGAAGCAUUUGAUCCGUGCCUUAUUCCAGAACACCAAACAACGGCAGGCAUGCAUUGCUUCUAUCGUGUGAAAAACGUAGCUUGCGUAUUAUAACUUAAUAAUAAAGAU